AUGUCGUUACCCACCUUCACACAGCGCGAGGUUCAGGACAUGCUCGAUGCAGCACAGUUAAAUGCUGGGAUUCUCUUCUCAGACAUCGUUUUCUUGCACGAUCAGCUCCAAGUGCUGUUCCAGGAAAACCUCAUGGAGUGUAAUUCGCAAGAUAUCAAUCCAACAGAGUUGCUAGGUCAAGUUUUGUAUAUCGAGCGCAAGGUUUUAGAUGCUUAUAACAGGCAUCGUCUUGGAAACGCGGUCACUAUCUUCAGUGAGUAUGCUCUAGAUCCAGAGAAUGUUGUAGAGUAUAACGAAGAAGACAACGUCCCAGAAAAGCUUGAGUGGUUUCCACUACGCGCUGCGGUUGCGAAUUACGGUGUGCGUCCUGUAUUACCGCCCAUCUAUCAGCUUGAGAGUACCGUAGAAGACAACCAGAAGUACAUAGCUAAGCCAGCUGUGUUCGCAAAGGAACCCGGUCCUCCGAGAACAACGAACAGCCGAAAGGCUGGCGCUCGUCCCAAGGCUACUCCGGAGAAUACUGUAAACAGCGGACCGUCUGCCAAAGGGAAGAAGUCUACCGGUUUCGGUUCUGCGAGCUACGACAAGUUGAGGGAUGCGCCCUCGCCCUGGUUGGGUCUUCACCGUGGCAACCUCACUUUGGCAGAGAUGACUGCCUUCAUUCCGCACGCUAUCAAAUCUUACGAUAUAAUGGACCGUUUCCUCUACAAUGGCGCUCUCUCUGGAACCUUUGCUGAUAUGAUAAAUCAAUACCGAGUCAUGCCACACGGUCGAAUCGAGAACAACAGCAUCUACCGAAUGAUGAAGGGGCCAAUGGACCAUCGAGCAAAGGUUGAUCCGACUUACGAGAAGUGGACGGUUGCCAAGCACGCGGCUAUACAGAAGCCUGCUGGUUUUGAUCCAGCCAGUGUUAGCGUAGCAGGUUUUAGCACACCUGUUAAUUUCAACUCUCGUCAAUCAACUGCUGCUACCACGCAACCCCCACCUAGCAUCUUAUUUCGCGACAUGGCAAAUGGUGUCAAGAUCAUGCCAUCCGGAUACGAUGCACUAGAUCUUACUCGAUGUAUAGAAUACUGCGUGAAGCACAACGACGGAAGCUGGAGAUAUCCCCAAGACUUCGAACAACUCGUUGCUAUCCUUGGAGGGGCUGCUACUGUAUACCGCGAGCAUCAAGAUGAUGCAGCUAUCUCGAGACACACAUCUGAAAAGAAGCGGAUGGAUGCAAAGCGCGCUGGCGGACGACAGCGUAGUGAUCGUGGGCGCCUUCUCAAGCAAAGGAGAGGGGUUUUAAUGGAUUCCGAUGAAGAAGAGGCCUUGACUGAAGGGUCUGAAGAGUCUGAAGAGGAUACAAACGAUAUAGAUUCGGAUACCAUGGACGAUCAUGAGCCAGUAACUGCGACCAAGAGGGAUGCUAAGCGCAAGAAUAUCUUUGGAGAUGAGAUGUCGGAUGAAGAUGACUUCAUGCCGCAGAUUGGUGCUUCACCGAGACGCAAGCGUACUACCCCUAAUGACGGGGUUUAUGAACAAGCCCCGACCAGGCGAACACCUAAACGCAGCAAGAAGCCUCCGCCGAAGACGCAUGCUCGUCGUUCACAGAAGCCCUUGCCAUCUUGUUUUCGCAAAGAGGCUCUGCUCCAAGGCAUCGACUCUGAGUCUGACGGAGAUGCUUAUGCUGGACCUAAGCGGAAAAACAAGAAGGUUGUCGUUGCGACUCGCUCUUCUACUCGUAACCAACGCUUCAGUGGCUCGUAUACUAUCGAAGGGGUCCUAGAGACCGAAGAAGACGAGGAAGGCGAGGAAGACGAGGAGAGCGAAGACGAAGCAGAAGAUAUUCUGACUCCAAAGAAGCAGUUCUUGGCUCCAGCGCAGAUGCGCCUAGUAGGUCGCAAGCAUAAUACCGAUGCAAAUGACGUACGCAACCGCUAUCAGCAGCGAUGA